CUCACCUCCCGGGACGGGAGUCAAGAAGGGACUCUUUUCCCAGCGCGCACCGCUUCGAGUUGCGUCAUCGGGCGCAAACGGGUCAUUCUCUGCGUGGCCGGCUCCGGGUGCGGUCGGGCGUGCGUUCAGCGGUCGUUCGUCAUGGCCUCUACCGGGAUUCACCCUUCUCCUGCCGCCGCAGGCGCCCCCCUCGCGCCGGCCCAGUCUUCUCUCCCUGCGGGGAUUCUGAUUGGAGACCGGCUGUACUCGGAGGUGUCCUUGACCAUCAACCACUCGCUCAUCCCUGAGGAGCGGCUCUCGCCGACUCCCUCCAUGCAGGACGGCUUGGACCUACAGAGUGAGACCGACCUACGGAUCCUGGGCUGCGAGCUCAUCCAAUCCGCCGGGAUCCUUCUCCGCCUGCCGCAGGUGGCGAUGGCGACCGGGCAGGUCCUGUUUCACCGCUUCUUUUAUUCCAAGUCCUUUGUCAAGCACAGCUUUGAGAUUGUUGCGAUGGCAUGCAUCAAUCUUGCUUCCAAAAUUGAAGAAGCUCCUCGUCGUAUAAGAGAUGUGAUCAAUGUUUUCCAUCACUUGCGCCAGUUAAGAGCUAAAAGGACUCCAAGCCCAUUGAUACUUGAUCAGAACUACAUAAACACCAAAAAUCAAGUAAUCAAAGCAGAAAGGAGGGUGCUGAAGGAAUUGGGAUUUUGUGUUCAUGUCAAGCAUCCACAUAAGAUCAUUGUUAUGUACUUACAAGUCUUAGAAUGUGAACGUAAUCAAACACUCGUCCAAACAGCCUGGAAUUACAUGAAUGACAGCCUUCGAACCAAUGUCUUUGUUCGAUUUCAGCCAGAGACAAUAGCAUGUGCUUGUAUCUACCUUGCUGCUAGAGCUCUGCAAAUUCCUUUGCCUAACCGUCCUCAUUGGUUUUUGCUUUUUGGAACUACUGAAGAAGAAAUUCAGGAGAUAUGCUUAACAACACUUAAGCUUUAUACAAGAAAGAAGCCUAACUAUGAAUUACUUGAUAAGGAAGUUGAAAAGAGAAAAAUGGCACUACAGGAAGCUAAACUAAAAGCAAAAGGAUUAAACCCUGAUGGAACACCAGCCCUUUCAACCUUGGGAGGCUUUUCACCUGCUUCUAAGCCCUGCUCUCCAAGAGAAAUGAAAACAGAAGAGAAAUCUCCAGUGUGUAUCAAUGCAAAAACUAUCAAAAAAGAGUCAGAAGACAGACAGGUGGUUUCUAAGAGCCCUUACAAUGGUAUGAGAAAAGAGAGCAAAAGAAGUAGAAGCAGUAGAAGUGCUAGUCGAUCCAAAUCAAGAACGAAGUCACGGUCCAGAUCCCAUUCUCCAAGGAGACAUUACAACAAUAGACGGAGUCUCUCUGGAACCUACAGCUCAAGAUCCAGAAGCAGAUCACGUAGUCACAGUGGCAGUCCUCGGAGGCAUCAUAAUCAUGGAUCUCCACACUUAAAACCCAAGCACAGCAGAGAAGAGUUGAAAGGUGCAAACAGACAUGGUCACAAAAGGAAAAAGUCUCGUUCACGCUCUCAGAGUAAAUCCAGGGACCAUUCAGAUGUUGCCAAGAAACAUAGGCAUGAGCGAGGACACCACAGGGACAGGCAGGAAAGAUCUCGCUCAUUUGAAAGAUCUCAUAAAGGCAAGCACCACAGUGGUAGUCGUUCAGGACACAGCCGGCACAGGCGUUGACUGGAGGGCAAACUGAACUGUCUUUUAGUUAUGCUUGCAUAUUAUACUGUGUAUGGGACUGUUUUGAAACUUGAAAAGAAGUCAAUUAGGAUUUGAUUUGAAGCCCAACACCUUCAAUAUGUAGGACUUUUUUUUUUUAAAGAACUGUGUUGAAUUUUUGCACAUAAAAUACCUUAGCAGUAUCAAACUGAUUUAAAACAAUGAUCAGGUUAAAUUGUGUGUGUUAGAGUUGUUGUAUCAAUAUGAAAACUGGAGAAUCUGUUUCUGUACAAAUGUACCUUAUUUUUAUAAAAACAUACUGCAGACAUUUCUAUUUAAGUAUAGUUAUUUGUUUAAAAUAAUGGUGGAUUCUUUCUUACACUGGUUUUAGUCUGCAUGUGUAAAUCUUUUUACAAAAAAAUAAAAUAUACAACAUUUUUUUACUGC